GUUUCGGGUAUGAGGUAAUCUCGUGGAGAUUGUUGAUUUUGAAGCUACUGUUAGGGCUGUUUCAGUAAUAUUCACUUGAUGAUCUACUCGCGAAGUUCGCGGUCGGUGUUUCUGUCUGUAUAGCACGCAUUGGUUCGUUGAAAAGCGAGAGCGUCAUACAAGGCACAAUUGAGGGAGACAUUUCAAAGUAGCAAGCUAAUAAUCAAACAAAAAUGGCACGCUUAGGUUAGACGCUUAUCUAAAAUAAAGUACGAUUUCAUUUAAAACACUGAUAUACGUCAGGUAAUUGUUUCUUCGUUGUCGUAUUUGGGGUUUAAAGGCUGACGAUGACAGGACUCGAAACAAUGUUUGUGCUGCACUAGACGGGGUUUCGUGGAUCACUGUGUAAAUCCACAGUUGUGUAUAGCUUACGUUUCGUGAAUUCGUUAUGGAUAUUGUGUUUAGUGGUCUUUGCGCUACUGAAAAACGAAUGCACUUGUGGCCUAUAGCGUAGCGUAGCGCAACAGCAACAUCAUCUUUUGGUACUGAAUACACUACGACUGCCGCGAUUCCAAAGGAAUUUAUUAAUGGAAUUAGCCUCUAAAUGCGAUGUUCAUAUGUAUUUAAGCAGUGGUUCUAUUGCGUGAUCAGACUUUUAUUCUAUGUAUCCCAGUGGUGAGUUGUGAAAGCGCAAGCUCAGGUCAUCCAAGGUAGCUAACAUGUCUGCAAUGUAUGUGCCUAGCAAGAGAAAAACCUCAAGGCCACAGCUGAAGCCCCAAAUGCCAGUCUUAAAAAUUAGGAAGCGGGAAGUUACAGCCAUGAAUGAUGAAGCAAGCUCCCCAAAGAUAAAGAGAACAUAUGGCAGAAAGAAGUAUCAUGACUUGCAGCCAGUCUUCAUAGGGCCUGCAGAAGAUUCAACAGGUGGAUCUUGCACUCCAGUAGUCCAAGCAAACUUAAUGAAUGGCUGUGAAAGGCAGCUCCUAGCUACAGGUCAGGCCACUCUGGUUGGAAUGGAGGAAAGAGUUGGCCCGAGUAUAGAGAUUAUGAGGGAGUCAGACUUUGACAUGAAGAAGAAACGAAAAAUGGAGGAAGUAGGCCAGGCCUCACUGAAAAAAUAUAUUGAGGAGGUGAAACAGACAGUGCCUGUGAUAGUUCCUGUAGCUCACUACACCCACAAGAGUCCAACUGGUAACAGUAACAGUGCUGUGACCCAGAAUGAGUUCUCCUAUAUGAAGAAAGAGGUGCCCUCUUUUCCUCCAGGAAGUCAGGAGGAGAGGUGGCAGCUGCUGGUUCUGUCUAAGGGCCGAAUCAAUUGCCCCAAAUGCAAAAGUGUAGGGCGGAAAACAGUGGAGGGCCUGAAGAAACACAUGGCAACCUGUACACUGCAUCCCUUUACAUGUCAACAAUGUGGGAAACAACUAAAGACCUCAACAGGCAUGAAGUACCACUUAAUGGCCGACCACAGUAAACUGCCCAUCCCAGAUGGGAAUGGACUAGAUGACCAGGAAGUGAAAGAGAAAUUAAGAAAAGUGCUGAAGAGGAUGGGAAAAUUAAAAUGCUCAAAAGAGGGCUGCACUGGCAGCUUUACCAGUAUAAUGGGUUAUGUGUACCACAUGAAAAAAUGUGGCAAGGAGGAGUCAGAGUUGGCCAAACUCUUAAUGAAGUGCAAGCACUGUGGAAAGGCGUAUCGCUCUCGAGCGGGCCUGGAGUACCACCUUAAGUCUGAGCAUGGCCCGGUGCCUCAGGAGGCUCGAGAUGAGGAGGUCAAGGUUCAGAGGAAGCCCAGUACAGAGCACGUGUCUGGCAGCAGGGUCAAGCGCAUGUCAGCUCAGGUGGCUAUCUUCCACCUGCAAGAGAUAGCCAGCCAGGAGCUGGUGAAGGAGUGGCCCAAGAGAAAGGUGCAGCAAGACCUGGUUCCCGAUGACAGGAAGCUGCGAUAUUCCCGUCCUGGUUUACCUGCAUUCAGCCAAGAAGUUUUGCGAAAAUGGAAGAAUGAGGUUAAACUACGAAGAAAGGUUCAGUGCCCCAACAAGGGUUGUGGUUGCUUCUAUACAAGUGUGUCAGGUCUGAAGGCUCACCUGGGGCUCUGCACCUUGGGGGACUUUCAAGCCGGGAAAUAUAAAUGUCUGAUAUGUAAGAAAGAGUUCAACUCAGAAAGUGGAGUGAAAUACCACAUCAACUCUGUUCAUUCCCAGGACUGGUUUGUGGCCACCUCCAAGGCAAAGACCUCCACCUCCAACAAGCAGCUCAAACCUAAGUUCAAAGACUCUAAUACCGGACUUUCAGUGCUGCCCACAUCACACCCAGCCCUUCGUUUUCCCCAGAGACCCUGCACAUGGCAGGACUUGCAAGACCCAACUUGUGAGGCCAUAUUAAGAGUAACAGCAGACCCAGAAACACCACAGCACAAGGGAAAGAAAGGAACACAGAGCAGGAAAGACAAGGCGACCAGACAGGGGAAGGACUGCUAUGAGUUCAGUGGCAGUGAUAGCCAUAGCAGUACUUGUGAAACUGGGAGCUCUAGCAGUGAGUCGGAGCCUGAGGAAGCAGAAGCCCCUAGACCUGAUGUUUGGACCCUGAACAGGCCUCUCACUCAGCGUGAGCGAGCUAGGAACAUCCUGUGACCUCUGAAGUUUACCAAAAUGAGUGUUCAAAAUUAGUAUUCUCUCUCUCUCUCUCUCUCUCUCUCUCUCUCUCUCUCUCUCUCUCUCUCUCUCUCUCUCUCUGUGUGUGUGUGUGUUUAUGUUUGUCUCUGUUUGUGUGUGUGUGUGUACUGAAGACUGGAUGUGGCCUAUAAGUACAGGCAGUGCCUGAUGUGUUAUUAGAAUAGGAUGAAUUCGGAGUGUUUUAGAAUAGGAUGAAUUAAGAAUGAAUUCACAUCUGAAAUAGGGUUGGUGGGCAAGACAUGUUGAAUAUUGUUAGGUUGGUUUUUUUUUGUAGGGUGGGGGGGGCACAUAUUUUAACAUACUGUUUUACAGUUUAUAUGGUCAAAAACUGAUUUACAGCUCAGUACUGAGCAGUCUUAUUACAUUACUGCCCCUAGGGAAAUGUGGUAUUAUAUUAAAAUAUUUGACUGUUUAUGUGCACUCCUUUCCAUAUUGUGAAUCCUACAACAUUGCAUGAAAUGCAUUCAGCCUGAACACAAGUGAUUGGAAAUUACAGCUGUUCUCACGACAGUUCACAGUACAGGAUCAUGUCUAUAAACACCUCAUAGGAUCUUGCUGUCGAAUUUAUAAAAUGAUUAUAUAUGAUAGCACCUUUGUGGUGGUCGGUGUGUGUGUGUGUCCACAUGCACUUGCGUAUCUAAUUUCUGUGUAAACAGAAUGGCCACACAUGCUGAAGGACAUCAUCUAAAAAAAUAUUUUGCAGAUUAGUUCACAAAAUAGUGUUUUUCUUACAGUAGAACAAGGAAUAUGGCAUAGGGUUUUUUGUGCAUAGAGUUUUUUGUAAAUUUGUCUCUUGAACUUCUCUAGUUCUAGGAUCGAUACAGAGCUUCAUGAUUUCCUGCUGUUGUGCAACCUUUUCUAUUUCAUGCCUUAUAUCAAUUGUUUUGUUGUCUUUGUAAGCUGUUGCAUGUAGUGUUGUCCUUGUAUAUGCAAUGUUUUAUGACCUUGUCAGAUGGCAAGGUUUGUUUCAGUGAAGUGUCCAUGCUGUCUUAGCUUUGAAAGGUGCUGAUACAGCAUAUGUAUGACUAGUUUGGUAUGUGCUUCUUUGAGAGCGCUAGUGAACAGAUGAAUGAGCAAUGGCUUUUUAUCAGAACACUUUUAAAGCUAUCAUUUCAUACUAUUAAGAUUUCCAUCCAUACAUAUGGCUUUAGUAUUUAAUUGAAUCUGUUUAAUAUGAUUCCAAAGGAAAUGUCACAUAUUUGUUAUGAUUUUUAAUAUUCCUUUUUAGUGUUAGACAUUAAAUUUCUGCAAAUGCCUUUUUGAAGGAUUUUAUUCCCAUAUUAAAAUUGUUCAAAUUAAUAGCAAUUACAAAAAACAGAAAUUAUCUGAAAUUAACUGCAGAUAACACAUAUGAUUCAUAACACUUUUGAAAAGUCAGUUCAAUCUUUUAGUCUUUUAUGACAGAGUGAAACAGCCUAUGUUGCAUGAAUGGACUCAUCACAAUGGUGGACAUUUUAUCAUCAGUGAUUAUCUUGAAGUCCCAUGAUCAAAUGUACUGCAAGUAAAAGGAACAUAAUAUAUUGAUCUGAUUUGAUAUGUUGCUACAUAAUGAAAAUAUUGUGGUAGCAGUACAUAUUAUGCUUUUUUUAAUCCUUGUUUACCAGGGUUUUUUGUCAAAUAAACUAUUCUAUAACUGUAA